AUGUCGUUCAGGAAGAAGAACGUUGUUCUCGGUUCAUCCGCUAGAGGUCCGGCAAGAGAACCCAUCGCCCUCAAGCAGGAAAUGUUGCCUCCGGUGGGAGUUCGUCCGUCACCCCUUGACGGCCGCCCUACGAUGUCGACAGGGACAGCUUCUCUUGACCAGCUUCUGGCAGGACAUGCAGGCCUGCCACUCGGAUCUAGUCUGCUUGUUGAAGAGUCCGGGACGACAGACUUUGCAGGUGUUAUUCUCAGAUAUUAUGCCGCGGAAGGCCUCGUGCAGGGUCACCAAGUGCAUGUGCUUGGGCCGACUGAAGCAUGGAAAGGAGAGCUACCAGGUCUUGGUAAAGUCAGCGGCUCAAGUAGAAGCAAAUCGACAUCUGGAUCAGGUGAAAAAAUGAAGAUUGCGUGGAGAUAUGAGAGCCUUGGGAAGAAUGCUGGCCAAGCAACUUCUUCUGAAGUUUUUUGCCACGUGUUUGACCUCGGAAAGCGCUUGCAGCCUGGUGAUGCCAAGGGUGAACUUCAUGCGACACCGUUGGUAGCCGCCAUAAGCUGGCUUCAACCCCAGGGAUCUGCCAGCUCGUCGCCAUUCGAUGCUUUCAUUACCAACGUCACCGCGAGGCUCAAAGCGUCAAAACCUGGGACCAUCCAUCGAAUAUUGGUGCCGACUCUUCUGUCGCCCGCGCUCUACGGCUCCUCUGUUUGCCGGCCGGACGACGCGCUCCAGUUCUUGCACAGUUUGAGAGCGCUGUUGCGCCAGUACAGUGGGAGAUUGACGGCCCUGAUUUCGCUUUCAACAUCAUUGUUCCCACGGUCGACUGGCUUUACGAGAUGGAUAGAGCUGAUGUGUGAUGGAGUAUUCGAAAUGCUGCCUCUGCCGCGGAAAGUACACUUGCAGCCGAACACCAAGUCCGAAGAUGUGGUGCAGGGUAUGCUAAAGGUACACAGCCUUCCUGUCUAUCACGAGAGAGGAGGCGGUUUGGAAGGACAGUCUUCCCGGGAGAACCUGUCGUUCAGGUUGAGCAGUUCGAGCGGGCUCAUCUUCAAGGCCUACGUGUUGCCCCCUAUGCUUGACGAUGAAGGAAAGGGGGUAAAGGAGGAGGGUGGGAAGGGAGACAAAUUGGACUUCUGA